AUGGCAACGGAAGACUUUUACGAGGUGGAGCGAAUCGUGGACAGACGCAAAAACAAGAAGGGGCGGACCGAGUACCUGGUGCGGUGGCGGGGGUAUGGCUGCGAAGGCGAUACAUGGGAGCCAGAGAGUAACCUCAGUAUGUGCAUGUCAUACGUGCACCACUUCAACCAUCACUACGCCACCCGCCACAGAGACGCCGCCCUCCUGCGCUCCACCCGGAGCUACCCGCGCAUACCCCCUGACGACUUCAGCCCAGAUUUGGUCUCGGACCCUAGGGCCGCUUUGGCACGCCCACUCCCUGGCGCCGGUUUCCAGGGUCCUUCACCCCCGAUGUCGGCACCCUCGACAGGUCCUGCCCGCCGCGGCCUGGAUUUGUCCAAAAGCGGGAUCAAGAUUCUGGUGCCCAGAAGCCCCAUGAACGGACCCCCGGAUGCUGAGGCGGCGCCCAGUGAGGCAGUGCCCAGUGAGGCUGCGCCAAGCGAGGCGGCGCCUAGCGAGGCAGCCCGCGGCACGGACUCUGGUGCUCGUGACGCCCACCAUGUGCCCCCCGAGGUGGCCCUGGAGCAGCCGGCCGGUGCGCUGCAGGUCCCCCGACUUCGUGCCCGCAUGGGGAUCCGGUCACAGAGUCGUGACAUCCCGCUACCAGUGCUAGUUGCCAAACGUACCCUCAACGGAGGCACAGGUCCAGGCACUCCGGAGGAAGCCGGCGGGACGUCGGCGAUCGGCGCGGCGACGGGCACCUCAGCCAAGCGGCGUCCGGAGGAGCGCGCUGCUUUUGACAAACGUUUGCGCUUUAGCGUGCGUCAGACGGAGAGCGCCUACCGCUAUCGGGACAUCCUGGUCAAGAAACAAGACGGCUUCACGCACAUUAUGUUGGCCACCAAGAGCUCGGAAAACAACGCGCUCAACCCAGAGGUGAUGAAGGAGAUCCAGAGUGCCAUGGCGACGGCGGCAUCUGAUGACAGCAAGCUAGUGCUGCUGGGCGCCGUGGGCAGCGUCUUCUGCCGCGGCUUGGACUUUGUGGACUUUGUCAAACGUCUCGCCGACGACAGGAAGAAAGAAAGCAUCAAGAUGGCCGAAAUCAUCAGGACCUUCGUCAACACGUUCAUCCAGUUCCGAAAACCCUUGGUUGCCGCCGUCAACGGACCGGCGCUGGGCCUGGGCGCCGCCAUCUUGCCGCUUUGCGACGUGGUCUGGGCCAACGAAAAGGCCUGGUUCCAGACGCCCUACACCGCGUACGGCCAGACGCCUGACGCCUGCGCGUCCUUCACCUUCCCGCGCAUCAUGGGCGCCCCCUCGGCCAACGAACUUCUCCUGAGCGGCAGGAAGUUGACGGCACAAGAGGCGUGUUCCAAAGGAUUGGUCUCGCAGGUUCUUUGGCCGGCAACCUUCACGCAGGAAGUCAUGCUACGCGUUAAAGAACUGGUCGCCGUGGACUCGCUCGUCCUGAGGGAGUCCAAAGCCUUGAUGAGGAACUCCAGCCGAAGUUAUUUGGAGCAAACCAACGAGCGCGAGUGCGAAGCUUUAAAAAGGAUUUGGGGCUCGUCGCAGGGAACCGACGCCAUCUUGCAGCACCUACAGAGCAGCAGAGAGCUCUACUAG